GCAAAGACAGACAGAUACAACAUGAACAACGCAAACUGCUGACCUGUUACUACUGUUGUUAUAAUGUAAUACACUUGAGAAGAGGAACAAGGGGCGCUUACAAAUACCUGGACUUUUUAAUGUAUUUCCUUCUGUGAAAGACACAUCAUUUUGAUAUUUCAAUUGAUGUUUGUUAAUUAACCAUUAAUUAUGCCGGAGAUUGAAGUCCAGCAUGUUGUGUCCUGUAGCAGUGCUGAUAAGAACAACCCUGCGGAGAACUUGUUAAAAUCUGAUGGGACUCACAAGUGGAAGUGUGCCACGGCAGGAGAGAAAAGUGCGUCUGCCGUUCUUCAGCUCAGUAAAUCGUCUCAAAUACACUCAAUUGACAUUGGCAACGAUGGAUCUGCAUUUGUGGAAAUUCUUGUUGGAAAAGCUACAGCAGCAGUUGACACUGAUUUUGAGGUAUUGUUAGUUGCCUCUUCUUUUAUGACCCCAUUGGAAAGCCGCAAUGGGACAAACAGAACAGGAGUUCGAAUGUUUGGACAAGAUAAGUUGAAUAAACUCACCGCAGCUCAGAAAUGGGACAGAGUCAAGAUUGUGUGCACGCAGCCUUUUUCCAAGACCUCCCAGUAUGGUCUCUCGUUUGUCAAGUUUCAUUCACCGCCAUCAGCUGGGGACUCUGAGCCAAAGGUGAAGAGAUUUGGUGCCUUCUCUGUGAGGGAGAGUGGAGAGGAGGACAUUCCAGUAGGCUCAUUAUUCGCUAACCGCUCAAAGCUCAGCUCAGUUGAUGCACCUCCAACGCCAAAUGGAGCUGCAGCAAUGAGGGCUGCCACAAGGCUAGCAGAUGAACAGCUGAAGAAUAAACCGUCUUCUUCUACGCCAUCCUUGUCAUCUACACCUGUCACAAAGGACGAACCACGCAAACGGCCCGCAGCAUCAUCACCACCUCAUUCUUCAAAAUCCAAAGUUGCCAAAUCGUCAAAAGAUGAAAGUGACACGGAGGAGGAAGAGGAGGAGCCUCAGAAGCCGGCCCUGAAGAAGCAGUCGACGAGCCUCAGCUCUGUUAGUUCAAGCGCCAGCGCGGCAAAGCCAGAGAAAUCUGCCAUGAAACGCACCAAAACCGAACCUGCAGCGCCGUCCCCGGCCAGAUCUUUCUCCAAGAUGAUGGCGGGCGUGACGUUUGUCCUGAGCGGCUUCCAGAACCCGUACCGAGGGCAGCUGAGGGACCAGGCCUUGGAGAUGGGAGCCAAGUACAAGCCGGACUGGGGCAGGGGGUGUACUCAUCUCGUAUGUGCCUUCCCUAACACUCCCAAAUAUCAACAAGUUGCUGGAAAGGGGAAAAUUGUGAAUAAGGCAUGGGUUGUGGAUUCUUAUAAGAAGAAGGAAUUACAGCCGUGGAGGAGGUAUCGUUUAGGAGAUGCAGAGUCUCCUGAUGAAAGUAGCGAAGAUGAAGAGAAGGAGGAUCAGAGUAGAGGCAGGAAGCCGCAGAGAAGGGACUCGCCCCCUCCAAGGACAGAAGAGAAACGGCCGACUCAGAGCUCACUAGAGGACAGACCAGCUGCGAGGAAGAAAACACCGCCAAAGAAAGUGGCUGUGAGCUUUGAAGAUUCCGAUUCCGGGGGUGACACAGAGGAUGAGCUACGCAAAGCGAGAGAGAUCGCGACAAAACAGAAAAUGUCUGCUGAAAAUGAUGGUGGCAACGCUGCUGGCAAAGACAAUGUUUACGGGGGAUCCACAGACGAGGAUGAGCCAGGCCCCUCGGGAGCAGGCGCUAAACACGAUGGCGAUGACGGCUCCGACUCGGGACUGCCUGAUCUCCCCGAGUUCUUCACGGACAAACACUUCUUUCUGUACGGAGACUUCCCGUCAGGGGAGCAGAGACUGUUGACCAGAUAUAUCGCAGCUUAUAACGGGGAAGUGGAUGAUUACAUGAGCAAGAGAGUGAACUAUGUAAUUACUGGCCAGAAGUGGGACGACAACUUUGAAGAGGCGCUGAACGAGAACGCUAACCUGGUGUUUGUGAAGCCCAAGUGGAUCUUCUCUUGUCACGAGAAGUUAAAACUGUUACCCUAUCAGCCCUACAUCGUGGUGCCCCAGUGAUGGAUCGUUAAUUCCACCGCUUCAUCCUCACCAUCAUCAUUGUUAUCAAUGUCAUUUUCAUCAUGCUCUUCAUCAUGUCGUCAUCAUUGAUGGUCAUCACUAGUGUCAUUCAUUAUGGCCAUCUUCAUCAUCAUUGUCAUCAUUUAUUGGGUCAUUUUGGUUAUCUUCAUCUUUUUUGUACGUUGACCUUAUCCAUCAUAAUUAAUCUUUUCAUCCCUGACUGUAAAGUAGAAACGUAAUAAUUCCCUCUUAUGCAGCUUUUAGAUUAUGUCCUGUCCUGUAUUGCUUCUUUUACAAUGGAAAAUUAA